AUGUCGAGCCUCCUCCACGAUAUCAUCACUAACCCGGAGUACCAUGACUACCUUGCUAUUCUCAAGGGCGCACGCAACGGGUUCGUGUACGGUGUCAAAGUGCGGUUUCCUCAUGCCUUGAUCAUGGCUAUACUAUUUGGGCGGGGCAGCUGGGAAGCCCGCAUGCGUGUCAUAUAUCGCGCGACCAAGCAACAUGCGUUCAAUUUAGCGAAAUUUGUAACCUUGUACAAGUCGUUCCUUCUCGUGCAGAAGAAGGUCAAUGGGGGCAAGGCGAGGAGUGCGGAUACAUUCAUUGCAGGUCUGCUGGGCGGAUACCUGGUGUUUGGUGAACGGACAGCCAUCAAUGAGCAGAUCGUGUUGUACGUCGUAUCGAGGGUCGUCGCUUCGUUUAUCCCAAGAGCUGGCGCGCCGUACUCUAAAUCAACUUCCCCCUCCGACGUGGUCAAGCCACUACCGCCUGAUUCACGCUAUUUCACUGUGUUCGCCGCUCUGUCCUGGGGCGCCGUCAUGUGGCUGUUCACCAAUCGGGGAGAGUCAAUUCAACCGGGCAUGUUCAACUCCAUGCAAUAUAUGUACAGAGAUUCGGAGAUCUGGAAAGACUUGAGGACACUCCUCUGGCACAAUACAUGA